UUGGGACUGUCAGCCGAACCGGCCACUUAAUUAAUGGGUUCGGACCGAAUCACCUGGUUCGCUCCCGGGUUUCGCUGAUCAGCUGGAGACCAGUUGCAUGUCGCCGUUAAAGCUCUAUGCUCCUUUUUUACGGUCCAGCGGCCUCCUCGUCGCUGUCUCUUCCGUCCUUCUCUCCUCCCUCCUUCCAACGUCGGAGUGAAAGAAGUAGAAUCCCCGCACUCUCUUGCAUUUCGAGUUCCAAUUCCGAACAAUCUACCGGGAGAAUUGAGGAUAAAGUCUCUGCAUUUUUCCGACUCUGGAUUCAACAAGAUCAGAAAAAGCCAUCAUUGAUCAUUUGGUGUUUGUUUGGCUGCGCAGCCAGUAGCUAUUGGGACUUGGCAGCCAUCUAGUAGAAGAAGGCUGGCACAUUGAAAGAGCAGGGUAAUCCAUGGCAGAUCUUCGUUCUGUCAGUAGCCCCAGAAGGAUCCUCAGUUUUAAUAAAAGGAGGAGAGCAACCGUGUUCGUUUCUGACCCAGAUGAUAAGGCUUCUGGUUUUGGCUUGUCUGGAGACCAUGGUCCCAAGACUUCUGAAGUUUAUGGCUUUGUGGGUUCCAUAACCACGGUUGUUGCUACAGUUAUAUUCUUUAUAUGGGCAUAUGUUCCUGAACCUUGGCUACAUUCAAUUGGGAUUAAUUACUAUCCUAGCAGGUAUUGGGCAUUGGCGGUGCCAGCUUAUGUUAUGGUGACAGUAGUUUCAGCAUUGGGUUUUUACAUUGGUCUCAAUUUCAUUGCAACCCCUCCACCAAAUUCCUUAAACACAAUGUUUGAUGAAUUUAGUAGGGAGCCUCUGAGCUCUACACCUUCAGUGGAAGGAGAUGAGCAGCCCAUUGAUCCCAUUUUUGAUAUUGGCAUCAACCAAAUAAAUGAUCUCAUGUUUAAUGAUGUUAAGUGAGUUGAUGACAAUCUAACCUUGGGUAUUAUUGUUGACUCACUGUUCCAUACCCAGUUUAUGUUUUUCUUUUUUUCGAACUUUUUGGAAGUAAAUAUAUGUUGGUCUACCCAGGCUUGUGUCUGGGGAUUUUAAUGACACGCCCAAUUUGUCAAAAA